UUUUACCUUCUUUCUCGCUCUCUCUCUCUCUCUCUCUCUCUCUCUCUCUCUCUCUCUCUCUCUCUCUAUCCCUCUCUUGCUCCCUCCCUUCCUCCCUCGAAAGCCUCUCGAACGGCUUUUAUUUAGAAAAUAAUAAUCCUGUCCUAAGGAUCGGCAGUGCUCUUCGACCGAUAGCUAGAAUUGAGGAGAACAAAAAAUGUGGCUAGAAUGUCCGGCGCGUCCGAGAUCAAGCUACCUUGCCUUUACACGAGAAGCAAUAGCAGCAGCAGCAGUAGUAACGGCAGUAUCAGAGGCGGCAACAACAACAACAACAACAACAACAACAACAAUAAUAUCAACGGUGCAAGAGCCAAGAGCAAGUCGUGUACCAAGAAGUUGACCGCAUCGAAAUCCAUCGUUCAAUCGGUAGAGGGAUGUACGUCGAAUGGAUCUUUGGAGACUAACGUGGUAGAGUCCUCUUUUCCAAGUACUCUAAGAUCUCGAAACGCCUUCGGUUCCCCUAGAAAGAUCGCGAAUCAGAAUCUAGAUUGUACGACGAUCAAAAAGUCACCUAAGAGGUGCCCACAGACGGACGAUCGACAGUCUACGCAGAUUGGUUCUACGAAUCGUUCGCCGAGAAGACGAGAAUCGCCUCUCGCCGAGGACUUUGAUCGAGACGAGAUGGGUUUGACGUUUGACUUUUAUCCGAGAAACACGGAAAAGAAGGAGCCUUGUUUGUCGUUCCUCGAAUUCGAAUCUCUCUACACUAUGGAGAAGCAAAUGUUGAUGCAACCUCGUCAAACCUUUCCUCGUUUGGAAGGUAAAGACGAGUUUCUUGGUAGCAGGCGAGGCUUAUACACGGAAUUACCGGAUUCGGAUCCGUUGAUUCGACAACGAUUGCAUCAUCGCCAACAAAUUGGUCCGAUUGGCCCAGGCAAAAAGCUCUCCCAAUUCCCCUUGGAAGGCUUCAGUUUUGCGCCAGGCUGGGCUCUGAACGCUGAUCAUUUUUAUCAAUGGCAACAUCGAGGAAAAACGACUCAGCAGAUCUACACCGACUGGGCGAAUUAUUAUCUCGAGCGAGGUGGCUCGAAGAGACGAGUCUCCGAUCUCCAAGCCGAUCUCUGCGACGGAGUGCUCCUUGCCGAUUUGGUGGAAGCUGUCACGAAUCAAAAGGUGAUCGACGUUAACCGGAAGCCCAAGAGCGUUCAACAAAUGGUCGAGAACGUGAACCUGUGCGUGGGAGCGCUCCGAGCGCUCGGGGCAGACGUGGGGGCUGUGAAUCCUGGAGAACUAGCGGCAGGAUCAACCCUCUGGCCGGUCCUCGCCCUGCUCUUCGCCCUCUCGCGCUACAAACAAAGAGCGAAACAACUUCAAGAUAUGCCCAGAUUACCAUCGCCGUACAACAAGCAAUCGGGUGUCGGUGGUGGUGCCGGUGUUGGGCAAGGGGGUGCGACGAGCAUACCUUUACCCGCGACGGUGGCCGCAACGAGACGAUGUCCUCCGGACAAAGUCAGACCUGCCCCAGCUCCCACGCAUCAGUCUCCUCUUGGAGGUCUGAAGCAAGGGAACGGCGGUGUGGGGAGUGCAAGCAGUUCGAGGAGUACCAGUCCGAGUCAACAACAGACACUGCAGACCGGUCUGUCCUUCAUUCCACAGCCGAGGGGUCAGAACGCGAAUCGGCAAGGCACUGGCGGGACCCCAAGUCCUAGAACGUCAGCCGUGGGUAGACCUAGUGGCAUUAGGACGACGACGACGACGACGACGACGACGGCGGCGGCGGCGGCGGCGGCGGCGGCGGCGGCCACGGCGACGACCCAGGCUUGCCCGUAUUCCGGCAGUGGAAGUACCACGGCGCAAAACAAAAACUCGGUUCUCGACAAGUUCAAGCUCUUCAACAACAAAGAUAAAAAUCAAGAGAGGGGAAAGGCCACGUCAGGCGUAUCGAAGCGUACGUCGAGCUCGUCCGGUUUUUCCUCGGCACGCUCGGAACACUCGGACAGUUCUACGUCGCUCUGCGAUCAGGGUAGAAUCCAAGUCGAGCCGCCAAAGAGUCGGGCGUUAAAGUCCAAAUUGCAAUCGGGCAAGCAGACGGCUAAGCAGGCUAGCCCGAAGACGGUCAGGAAGGAACAAAAUAAGACUCAGAGUAGCAAGAUCGCCCGUACGAAAGGAUCGAUACCAGAAAAACUGACCGGUUAUACGAAUUUGCCGUUGGACGAUGUCAAAAGGGAAGGUGGAAAGAUCGCGAACGUUUGCGCUAAACUACCGGCGGACAAGAAGACCUCGAAUUUGCAAGAUAUAUUGAAAAAUCAUUCGUCCACGCAAUCGCAGAAAGGGAAUAAUCCGACGUCGACGACGCCGGCGAAACAUAUCAGCCAACAGGAGAGCAAAAAUAUAUCGAAUUCUAGUAGAAACGAGCUGUCGAUAAAACAAACGGCGCCUCGGCCGAAGAUGGAGCUUCCUGGUAAGAUGGCGGAUCCGAAAGUUCAUUUACAGGCUCUCAAGGUACCUCCGAACGGAGUCAACAAGGAUAUGCUCCUACAAAAGAAUUUGCUAUCUAACGCGAAUGGAAUCAUAUCGCGAACGGACCAGGAAGACGCGAAUGUUCCGAACGCGCGAAACAAUCCUAGCCCGUUCGAUCGGCAUACGCAGUGCAUGAAUCAAGCAAAUUUACCGUACGAAAGGAUCGUCGAAAAGGAAAUUAACAUCGACUUGGCCGAGUCGAAUGAGGAACCGAAUCGAAAGCAGGACUCUUCGAUCUCGGACAAUUUAUCCGGUACUUCUUCUCCGUGGAAGGUGCAAAAAUGUGCGACUCGCGAAGAAGAGAGGAUAUCUAUGGAUUCCCCGGAGGAAGAAGAGGAGGAUGAGGAGGAGGGGGAGGAGGAGGAAGCGACGGCGGAAGAUGGGGCGGAGGAAGAGAUCAAAAGGAACGGAUUGGAUUCUUCGAACGUGUCGAAGCCGGGCUCGUCUCGGGACGACGAUCCGAGAAUACGAUCGACGUCGGAAAGCAAAGAAUCGAGGAUCAAGGAAGAUAACGUGAAUUCUGCUGAACCACCUACGGGUCAAGUACAAAACGCGAACGUCCAUAUAUUUCCGCAAGGAAAACAGAUCUUAGGUGGCCCGUUUCAGGGGCCUACGCUAUCCGUAACCGGUCCGGGUUCUAGUAUACCAAAACCAACGGCUUUGGUAAAGGGUACUUCGAAGCCACCUAAAGAAAACACGGGACCGAGCGUGCCUACCCCGACUAAACUCAAGGGCGACAUUUUGCAUCGAGCCAAGCUCGACCCAAAUACGAUAGCGAUGGUCUCACCGAUGCCAAGUAUCUCCGAUCUCAUGUCCGAGAGCUCUCACAGCAAUUCCAAUAGCACGGGCCAAAGUAAUUCGAGCGACAGCAGCGUCAUUUACCGACCGAGCAGCGAGAGCGGUAGCGAGAUCAAGACGAUACCUAAUCGAAAGAUAGACACGACCUUCGAGCAAAUGGAAAAGGUUUUAUCGGAAGGUUCAACGUGCGGUAGUGGCGGCGGCGGCGGCGGCGGCGGCGGCGGCGGCGGCAGCGGCGGCGGAGGUUCGUUGGCCGACGACGAAGCCGAGAUGACCGUAAAGCCGAUGCAGCCUCUUCUCCGUGGUUACACGCCCGGUGCCAGAGCCCUACAGACCCUGCCGAGCAGAACGACGGCGCGACAAUACACGAUUCUUCAUUCCUCCUCUCAUCAUCACGUCUCUCACGAUUACGCGGACAUUGACAUAGCCUCGGGUUAUCUCAGCGACGGCGAAGUUCUCCGAGGUGGUAUGAGCGUCGGCAGUAGGACUCUGUCCGAUCUUUGCGACGGUUACAUGUCGGAGGGAGGCGCUUCCUUGUACGCGCGUAGGAUCAAUCCCGCUUACGGUCACGAUCGCGAGAGGUACGUAGGUGGCUCGCGACGAGAAUUGUCCGGGGUGAAGGAACUGGUGAGCUCGCGAAGGGUGCAGAAGAGACCGUCGGCGAACGCGGUGAGGUCGGAUGGAGCCGGAGGAGGCUGCAUCGUCGCCGGUACCGUCGGUGGAGGUAGCCUCGUUGGAGGAGCAGGAGCCCUGUUAGGUGCUUGCAGCGGUGGGACCGACGCUUUGGCCGAACUAACAAUCGAGGAGCUGGCCUCGAUUCCGGCCGGAAAUCACACCUCAGCCAAUCACACGGGUCAUUCCACUCAUCACAAGAAGGUGCCGGGGGGCGGUGGCGUGAUCGUGGGGGGUGGCGGUAGUUCGGCCACCCCCCAAGGCGCGCAACAGAGUAAUAACCUGGUCUAUCGUGUGGUGAGUUCGAGGCAUCCCGGCAGUGGUCAUCAUCCUCACACGAAAAAAUCCGAUAGCUCCCAGCAGACCGAAAGUUCGGCGUUUAAGCAUCAGCAACAACAGCAGGGAUCCAAUGGUUCGUCCAACAGCAGCUCCAACAGCCAACAAUGGAGAAAGUAUAUAGAAGCUGGCGCAGCGAGAGACCGAGAGAGAGACAAGGAGGGCGCACCACCGAGCCCUAGUCCCUCCAGACGAUCCCAGGAUAAACAUCGGAAACAGACCAUGGCCGAAUAUGCGAAUGGCGAGAAAGCACAGAAAGUUUCCUCGGGAACGUCGACCGGUGGUAAUAGCAGCAACAACAGCAGCAGCAACAAAGUAAGAGGAGUACCUCAGAGUUUCGGAUACGUGAAACGACAUAGUGCCGGCACCAGUCCUAGUCCGAACGGCGUUCAAAAUGGUAGCAAAGAUGCGGCAACGAGAACGGCUCAAGUCAGUGCGGUUCCGAGGACGAAGGUUAAAGUGUCCGGUGGCACUCAGACAUGCACCACAGAACUACAGGCAAAUUCAUCGAAUUCCAAUCAAGGCCAUCACUACAAAAGUUACAGCCUCACCGGACCGAGCGCCAGUCAACUAUCUCAGUCCGUUCGAGAUCGUCUGAUGCUCGGUUCUCAGAGCCUUCCGAAGCCAGGAAGUCCCGAAUUCACGGCUCUCUUUGCCGCAGCCCAUCACCGUGAAAGAGGAGCUGGCGCAGGACCAGUCAGCGCCUCUUUCUCACCUCGCGUCCUUAAACCUUCCGACGGAAGCCUCAGCGAUACUUGUAGCAACUACGCCGCUCCCGAUCUUCCAGGUUACUACACUCCUAACAGUCCCUACGCCACAUCCUGGAUGAGGCACAGCAAUACUUAUACUCCCAGUGGACGUUCGCAAGGUAUGGGAUUAUGCGAAGCCGACAGCGUAGAAUCUUUAGGAUCGCAUAGAGCGAGCUUAACGCAUGCUCGUCUGCUGAUGCAUCAAAGGGACUCUACGGGAUCCCCAGCUCCGCCGAGACUCAAUAGGAGUAAUUCGAUUAGCCAUCUACGGGACAGGACAUUUCCAAGAUCCACUAAAAGCGAGAAAAUGUAUCCAUCGAUGCUAGCACGAGGGAGCGGUACGUCGUCGUCCGUUGGCGAAGAAGCCGGUAUCGGGAUGGGUAUUGGCGUAGGCGUAGAACCAUACUACAGUGUCCCAGUUGGCUCAGCGGGAUGCACCGGUCAACAUUGGUCUCAACCGACUUCCCCGACACCGACUCAUACGUCCCGACAGCCACCUAAUUUGUAUCAACACGUACACAAAGACGACGAUAUACAUGGCUCCUCCGUAUCCUUAGUGUCGACAGCGAGCAGUCUCUAUAGUUCGGCGGAAGAAAAACAGGCACACGAAUUGAGAAAGUUACGAAGAGAGCUACUGGACGCUCAAGAGAAGGUUCACUCGUUGACCAGCCAACUAUCGACCAACGCACAUGUCGUGUCCGCCUUCGAACAAUCCCUAUCGAACAUGACGCAACGAUUGCAGCAACUCACGGCAACGGCUGAAAAAAAGGAUUCCGAAUUACAAGAGUUACGUGAAACGAUCGAGAGGCUUCGAAAGCAAAGCGCGGAGGCUGGAUUGAACAACGGGGGAUCAGGCAACAAUGGUCGUCGGCAUACUCUCGGUGAUUCGGAUUCCGGCAAUACAGGAUGCACUGGCGGCGGCGGCGGUGGCGGCGGCGGCGGCGGUAAUGGGGGACAUCAUCAAGGUGCAUCGAUGGCGAGACAGCUGUCGGCGGACAGCGUCACUUCUCUCAACUCCCUGAGCAGCGCUUGUUCCGCGAGUAGUAGCCAUCAGAAGAAGAAGGGUUGGUUGCGUAGCUCCUUUUCGAAAGCAUUCUCCAGAUCGCGAAAGAACAGGCAUGGUUCCGUUUCCGAUGCCGAGGAUUGUAAGGACGGUGCCAGCGGAGAAUUGAGCGUCCCAAAUAGUCCGAGAUUACCGACGGCCUCGAAACACGAAAGCGCAAGGAAUCAAAGUGCCGGAGCAAGGAGCAACGGACAAAAAUCACCGGAGCCUGAAAAUCCUCUGACCGGUAGCAAGAGUAGCUCGGCUCUAUAUAAGAAGGAGGACGAGGACGUGGACGAAUUGAAGAAACAACUCAGGGAAAAGGAUCUCGUUCUCACGGAUAUCAGAUUGGAGGCACUCUCCUCGGCCCAUCAAUUGGAAUCGUUGAAGGACACGGUCAUCAAGAUGAGAAACGAAAUGCUCAAUCUGAAGCAAAACAACGAACGCCUGCAGCGGCUGGUAACUUCGAAAUCUCUUACGUCCUCUCAGUCGUCUCUUCCGAGCGAUCCCGAUAGGCGUUUCAGCAUGACGGAGGUGGCCUCGAGCGUUGCUGCCCUUUCGAACGGCGAUAGCAGUUCGACUGCCGAUCAAUUGGAAGAUCUCAACGUGCCCGAACAUUCGGUCGUACCAUCGGCGACUUCGGGUACGAGCGGCGAGCCGGCGUUAGACCACGACACCGACGGAAAGAGAAUUAACGUUGCCGUCUAUCUCGGGAGCGAAAAAAAUUUCAAUUACAAUCUAAUAUCGGGUAAUAAUUCGGACAGCGGCAUCAUCGGUGAGCCUCCACAUUGCAUUAUCGCGAACGUUUGCAUCAGUAACAAAACGAGCUGGGAUGCUCUGGACUCGAUCGUACGACGAUGCUUCAAGGAAUACGUAUCGAGGGUCGAUCCCGUCACGAAUCUGGGUCUCGGCAUUGACUGUGUCGCCGCUUAUCAUCUCGGCGAAGCUUCGAGAUGUACGACGGAUUCUCAGCACCCGGAAUUACUACCGUGCGGUUAUCUGAUAGGACACGUGAAAACUAUUUAUCUGGUGCUCUCGGGUUACUCCUGGCUCGCGAUUGACACUCUGAUACCACGCUCUAUCGUUCAACGACUAAUAUCCCUGUUAACGGAACAUCGCAGAGUCAUCCUUUGCGGACCUAGCGGUACAGGAAAAAGUUACUUGGCAGGAAAACUGGCUCACGCUCUCGUGGACGCCGAUACGGACUCGAAAGACGCGGCUGCCGUGGCCACCUUCAUAGUUGAUCACAAGUCGAGUAAAGAACUCAAGCAAUAUCUCGCUCAUAUCGCCGAAAGAUGCGACUCUAAUGCGGCCGACGAAUUGCCGAGAGUGAUAAUCUUGGAGAAUCUUCAACAUGCCGCCUCUCUCGGUGAACUUUUCAGUGGUCUUCUCGGUACAAGACACUCGUCCUGUCCCGCGAUUAUUGGAACCAUGAGUCAGGCUACUUGCAGCACCACGAAUCUUCAAUUACAUCAUAACUUUAGGUGGGUACUGUGCGCCAAUCACAUGGAACCGGUUAAGGGAUUUUUGGGCCGUUACCUCAGGCGUAAGCUAUUAGAACACGAAUUACGUGAAUCGGGUGGCACGAGAAACGCAGAAAUGGCAGCUGUCGUGGAAUGGCUCCCACGCGUCUGGCUACAUCUUAAUAAGUUCCUAGAAACGCACAGCAGUUCCGACGUAACGAUAGGCCCUCGACUUUUUCUCUCUUGCCCCAUGGAAGUGGCAGGUUCUCAAGUUUGGUUCACGGAUUUGUGGAACUAUUCUGUAAUACCGUAUCUGGUUGAGGCUGUCAGGGAAGGCCUAACGUUAUAUGGAAGGCGAGCAAGCGGAAGUGGAAAUGGCGAAUCCACAUGGGAAGAUCCUGCACAAUUCAUUACCUCCAGUUAUCCGUGGAUCUCUACGCACGCCGUACACGAUGGUAGCGACGCUCUUCUUCGGUUAAGACCCGAGGACGUUGGUUACGACGUCGUUACCUCGGGACAUACCUCGGGCGUAGGUGCGUCCAGCGUAAAGAGCCUCGGCAGUACACACAGCGACACCGAAGGAGAUCCUCUUUUGAACAUGCUGAUGAGACUUCAGGAAGCCGCCAAUUAUUCGAGUCCCCAUAGCAAUGACAGCGAUUCCGUCACUUCGCUCGAUUCGUCUCAUACUCGACAUUCGGAGGAUCUCAGUUCUUCGACGUCAUCGUCGAGAGGCGUAGAAUCCGCGCUCUGAAAUAAAAAAUACGACUCGAGAAUAUCGUUUAGGCCGGAGAACGUUUAGGAAAGCAUCGUAACAAGAUGAUUAUGAAAUUAUCGAGAUAAUUGUAGGUCAAGUAAUAAUCAAGUAUAGAACAAGACCCCGGAAGGUGAGCGAUGGGUGGGCGAUGGCUGAGCGAUGGGUGAGCGAUGGGUGGGCGAUGGGUGAGCGAUGGGUGAGCGAUGGGUGAGCGAUAAGUGAGCUACGUGAUUGCAAAAGUUUUUUCUACGAAAAAAGUGCCGCAUAACGUAUCCCGAUGCGGCACACAUUUCCAACGUGAAAAUUAAUAAUGUUAAUUAAUGUAUAAUCAUACCAAUAUUAUUAUAUAUUCUCGGCCAUCCAAUAACUGUGUAUGAUACGACUAUCGUGCAGGGACUUUCAAUUCCCUUUUUCUUCUUUUAAUUUCUCUUUCUUUCCUUUCGAUCUUUUUUCAUUCUUCCAAGUAACUAAAUUUAAAUUUUGCAUGCAAAAUAAUGUCUCAUAUACAUUUAAAAACAUCUCUAGUACCUAUGGUUGGCCUAUAUCUAAGUUCUACGUGCAUCGAGCACUUUGGUGUGAUAUUUAAUUGAAUAAGUAUAAAUGACAAAUAUAAGGAGAUAAUUCCGUGGGAUUUUUUCUCUCUCUCUCUCUGUCUCUCUCUCUCUCUCUCUCUCUCUCUCUCUCUCUCUCUCUCUCUCUCUCUGUCUCGAAUAGAGAUGAAUCGUACGGAAAUAAAUCGUACCGUCUCCAUGCAAUAAUCAAUGCUGCCGUUACCGAAGUACGAAUUUCUUUUGAACGAAUGCAUUUCUAUGAUCGAUUUGUUAUACGUGAGAGUCGUGCAAGUAAAGCCUAUAAAGAAAAAAAGUGAUAUACUCAAAAGUUUUGCUGGUAUACAGUAUUAUCAUAGAACGUAGAAAUAUGGACUAAGCGAAGAUGUAGGAAUGGCAGAGUCUGGCUAUUCCACUCGUCCACUAUUUUCAGGUAAUCUAUAAUCUAUGUUUUCUUAGACGGAUCUCAUGGACGGAUGGUUCGAUGCAGCAUAUAUGUAUUUGUUUCGCACUCGAGAACGCGAAGCAAUUCGAGAUAAUCGUGCGCGCGAGGAUAGUCUAUUUAUACAUACUUUGCUACGAAAGCUCUAUUUAAUUAUAAAAAAAAAAAACAAAAAAAUGUUACUAUAUAUAAUAUACACACGUACGUCUCGGGUAUACGCAUACGUACACGUACACAUACACGCAUGCGCCUGACAUAUACAUAUACACGAUGCAUACGCGAAUGAUGGCGCUAAACAUGUAUUAUGAACAAAAACUGAAUAAUUAUUCGAUAAGAUAUGUGAGUAAUUCUGGUCAUGUAAUGUUGUAAAUAAAGUAUAUAAGGGUUAUAUUGUGCGACGACGUUGCGAGGGAAGGAGCUAAUGUGGAAACUUGACUCAAAGUUUGGUAUCAUAAGCUUACGAGGAAAGUCUUGUGGUAACUGAAAGUAAGGUAGUCAAAUGCUGCAACAUUACGCUGACUUGUAGCUUGUUUCGCUCCCACAAGUUUCUCUUUACUGCAAAUCCCGACAAGUACCACGAGUUACAUUCGCUAUACAUAUUGUACAUGUUAUCGAACUGAGAAUAUUCUCAGAUCCCAAUCUGUGACACGAACUUUAAAGUAUGUUAACGAUUAUACAAUCGUAUUAACAGGUUUUUUACGUUUGUACCGUAUUUAUACGCUGUACGGCGCUACAUUCAAAAUUUAUCCAAAUAAUGGUAAUUAUUGUGACAUAAAAUAAACCACAUUAAACUCUAA